AUGGAUACAAAGCUUUUGAUUAAUGUCCAAGUCUGUGCUGCUGCGGAGGCUUUCCAACCUCUCAGCUAACAGGGCGAGCUGGGAACCAGUGACCGCUCGUUUCCUCCAGGCUGUGUCCCCUUCCUGACGGGAAAGGAGCACGCACUGGGGAGGCUCCUCGCCUCCGGACCUCGGGCGGCCGCUGGAGCGGGGUGAGAAGGGGCUGAGGCUGCUGCGCGGCUGGGGACCGGCCGGAGCCCGGCCCCGCGAUGUAACUCAGCGGGGUCUUUUGUUGUCCUUGUCCGCAGCGCAGUGCCGGGGCGCCCAGGCAGCGCUGCCUGCAGCCGGGAAGGGCGCCGGGCUGGGAGCGCCGCUCCUCCUCGCUGCACCAUGACAGAGGAAAGCAAAGGGGAAGGCAAGGGGGAAAGCGGGAAGGACUUGGAGAAGCAGCUUCGCCUGCGCGUCUGCGUCCUCAACGAGCUGCUCAAGACCGAGCGGGACUACGUGGGCACGCUGGAGUUCCUGGUGUCGGCUUUCCUUCACCGAAUGAUUCAAUGUGCUACAGCCAAAGUGGAUAAAAAUGUCACAGAAGAGACAGUUAAGAUGUUGUUUUCAAAUAUUGAAGAUAUUCUUGCAGUUCACAAAAACUUCCUGUCUCUGGUGGAGGAGUGCUUACAACCAGAACCUAAUGCGCAACAUGAAGUUGGAACCUGCUUUCUUCAUUAUAAAGAGAAAUUCCGUAUCUAUGAUGAAUACUGCAGUAACCACGAGAAGGCACAGAAAGUUCUGCUUGACCUUAACAAAAUAAGAACAGUGAGGACGUUUCUUUUGAAUUGCAUGCUCCUUGGAGGACGCAAGAACACAGAUGUACCAUUGGAAGGAUAUCUAGUAACACCGAUACAGAGAAUAUGCAAGUAUCCCCUUCUUUUGAAGGAGUUACUGAAGCGGACUCCAAGGAAGCACAGUGACUAUGCGGCACUAAUGGAAGCCCUCCAGGCCAUGAAAGCUGUCUGUUCCAACAUAAAUGAGGCCAAGAGACAAAUGGAAAAAUUAGAGUUUUUGGAAGAAUGGCAGUCUCAUGUUGAAGGAUGGGAGCUUAAUUUAGUGUGGAAGCAUAUACCCAUAACGAUGUUCAAGUUCCAGGUUGCUUUGGCUUCCAAGUUCAUCUUGGCAUGGAUUAUGUCUUGGGUCCAACAUCACAGACACUUUUUGAGGAUAUUUUUUCUCUUUUAUAACCUUUUGGUCUACUGCAAAAAAAAGCACAGGCGGUUGAAGAACAGCAAAGCUUCUACAGAUGGCCAUCGUUACCUUUUUCGGGGCAGAAUAAACACAGAAGUGAUGGAAGUAGAGAAUGUAGAUGAUGGAACAGCUGACUAUCACAGCAGUGGCCACACUGUUAUUAAUGGCUGGAAGAUCCACAACACAGCAAAGAACAAAUGGUUUGUAUGCAUGGCAAAAACCCCCGAAGAGAAGCAAGAAUGGCUGGAAGCUAUUUUGAAAGAGCGAGAAAGAAGAAAAGGUUUAAAAUUGGGCAUGGAACAGGACACUUGGGUGAUGAUCUCUGAGCAAGGAGAAAGACUGUACAAAAUGAUGUGCAAACAAGGGAAUCUCAUCAAAGACAGGAAGAGGAAAUUAACCACUUUCCCCAAAUGCUUUCUUGGAAGUGAAUUUGUGUCCUGGUUGUUGGAAAUUGGAGAAAUACACAAAUCUGAAGAAGGUGUUCAUCUUGGCCAAGCUUUAUUAGAGAACGGCAUUAUCCAUCAUGUUACAGAUAAGCACCAAUUCAAACCUGAACACAUGCUGUACAGAUUCCGAUAUGAUGAUGGAACAUACUACCCAAGAAAUGAGAUGCAGGAUGUGAUCUCUAAGGGUGUACGACUGUACUGUCGCCUUCACAGUCUGUUUACCCCAGUAAUUAGGGAUAAAGAUUAUCACUUGAGAACCUACAAAUCUGUGGUCAUGGCUAACAAACUCAUAGACUGGUUGAUUGCACAGGGGGAUUGCCGGACGAGGGAAGAAGCUAUGAUAUUUGGUGUAGCUCUUUGUGAUAAUGGAUUUAUGCACCAUGUGUUAGAGAAAAGCGAAUUUAAAGAUGAACCACUGCUGUUCCGUUUUUAUGCGGAUGAAGAAAUGGAAGGGUCUAAUAUGAAGCACAGACUCAUGAAACAUGAUCUGAAAGUAGUGGAAAAUGUCAUAGCCAAGUCACUAUUGAUUAAAUCUAAUGAAGGCAGCUAUGGUUUUGGUUUAGAAGAUAAAAAUAAGGUGCCAAUUAUUAAAGUGGUGGAGAAAGGAUCAAAUGCUGAGAUGGCAGGCUUGGAAGUUGGGAAAAAAAUAUUUGCCAUUAACGGUGACCUGGUUUUUCUGCGACCCUUCACUGAAGUGGAUUGCCUCCUGAAAGCAUGUUUAAACAGCAGAAAGCCCCUGCGGGUUCUUGUGAGCACUAAACCACGGGAGACAGUGAAGAUUCCCGACUCUGCAGAUGGACUUGGAUUCCAAAUCCGUGGCUUUGGCCCGUCAGUUGUCCAUGCUGUUGGGAGAGGAACAGUGGCAGCUGCAGCAGGUCUCCACCCUGGCCAAUGCAUCAUCAAAGUGAAUGGAAUUAAUGUCAGCAAAGAGACUCAUGCAAGCGUUAUUGCUCAUGUCACGGCGUGCAGGAAGUACAGGCGGCCAAUGCAGCAAGAUUCUAUACAGUGGGUUUACAACAGCAUUGAAAGUGCACAGGAAGAUCUUCAGAAAACGAACACCAAACCCUCUGGAGAUGAUGGAGGAGAUGCCUUUGACUGCAAAGUGGAAGAGGUAAUUGAUAAAUUUAACACUAUGGCAAUAAUUGAUGGGAAGAAAGAUCAUGUGAGCCUGACUGUUGACAAUGUUCAUCUGGAGUAUGGAGUGGUUUAUGAGUAUGACAGCACAGCUGGAAUAAAGUGCCACGUGUUAGAAAAAAUGAUUGAACCAAAGGGAUUUUUCAGCUUGACUGCAAAGAUUCUUGAAGCACUGGCAAGAAGUGAUGAACAUUUUGUGCAGAAUUGCAACAGCCUCAAUUCCUUAAAUGAAGUGAUCCCCACUGAGCUUCAAAGUAAAUUCAGUGUCAUUUGCAGUGAGAAAAUUGAGCAUAUCUACCGAAGAAUCUCUAGUUAUAAAAAGUUUUCAAGAGUAUUAAAAAACAGAGCUUGGCCUACCUUCAAACAAGCUAAGUCAAAGAUUUCACCACUUCACAGCAGUGAUUUCUGUCCAACGAAUUGCCAUAUCAAUGUGAUGGAAGUGUCUUACCCUAAAACCUCAACUUCCCUUGGUAGUGCCUUUGGUGUACAGUUAGACAGCAGAAAACACUCUUCCCAUGAAAAGGAAAAUAAAAACACUGAUCAAGGUAAACUGAAUCCCAUGAUUUAUGUCCAACAUACCAUUACUACUAUGGCUGCCCCUUCAGGACAGUCUCUUGGCCAGCAAGAGGGCCAUGGUCUGAGGUACCUCUUAAAAGAAGAAGAUUUAGAAACACAAGAUGUCUAUCAAAAAUUGCUGUUCAAAUUACAAGCUGCACUCAAAGAGGUGGAAACAUGUGUCUGUCAAAUAGACGACCUUCUUUCUUCAAUAACAUACUCUCCCAAAUCUGAACGUAAAACACCUGAGCCUUUAAUACCAGCAGACAGUGAUAAUGAAAAAGGGGAAAGGAACGGGAAGAAAGUCUGUUUCAGUGUGACAGGCGAUGAACAAGAAGAUUCUGGUCAUGAUACCAUCAGCAACAGGGAUUCUUACAGUGAUUGCAACAGCAAUAGGAACUCCAUUGCCUCAUUCACCAGCAUUUGCAGCAGUCAGUGCAGUUCUUACUUUCACAGUGAUGAAAUGGAUUCAGGCGAUGAACUUCCCAUAAGUGUUCGAAUCUCCCAUGAUAAACAGGACAAGCUCCAUAGCUGUUUGGAGCAUCUUUUUGGUCAAGUCGAUUCAAUUGUCAAUCUUCUGAAAGGACCAGCUGUGAUGAGGGCCUUUGAGCAGACAAAAUACUUCACACCAGGUCGAGGCCUCCAAGAGUUCCAGCAGGAAAUGGAACCAAAGCUUAACUGUCCAAAGAGGCUACGACUCCACAUCAAGCAAGACCCUUGGAACCUCCCCAGCAGUGUCCGGAGUCUUGCCCAGAAUAUCAGAAAAUUUGUUGAAGAGGUGAAGGCACGAAUACUCUUGGCACUUCUUGAGUAUACAGAUAGCGAGAUACAACUGAGGCGAGACAUGGUAUUCUGUCAGAGCCUAGUGGCCACAGUCUGUGCUUUUUCAGAGCAAUUAAUGGUGGCCUUAAAUCAGAUGUUUGACAACAACAAAGAAUAUGAAAUGGAGACACUGGAGGCCAGCAGAAGGUGGUUGGAACAGAUAGCCAGUGCAGGUCUUCUCCUUCAUUUCCAGUCCCUGCUCUCUCCUAACCUGGCUGAUGAGCAAGCCAUGCUAGAAGAUACAUUGGUUGCACUGUUUGACUUGGAAAAAGUUACUUUUUACUUCAGACAAUCAGAGCCAGAACCACUAGUUGCAAAUGUACCAAUCACAUACCAAGCAGAAGGAAGCCGGCAAACCCUGAAGGUUUACUUCUACCUUGAUAGUUACCAUUUUGAACAGCUUCCUCAAAGGCUGAAGAAUGGAGGAGGAUUUAAAAUCCACCCAGUACUUUUUUCACAAGCAUUGGAGAGCAUGGAAGGAUAUUAUUACAGAGACAGUGUCUCAGUAGAAGAAUUUCAAGCUCAGAUUAAUGCAGCCUCACUAGAAAAAGUCAAGCAGUAUAACCAGAAACUACGGGCAUUCUACCUGGACAAGUCGAACUUGCCUCCAAAUUCAACAUCUAAAGCGGCUUAUAUAGAUAAGCUGAUGAGGCCUCUCAAUUGCUUGGAUGAACUUUACCGACUGAUAGGGUCCUUUAUCCGAUCCAAGCGCACCGCUGCCUGCGCGUACACGGCGUGCAGUGCUUCCGGAGUUGGGUUGCUUUCAGUGUCUUCUGAGCUCUGUAGCAGGCUUGGAGCUUGUCACAUCAUUAUGUGCAACAGCGGAGUUCACCGCUGCACUCUGAGUGUUACCCUGGAGCAGGCCAUCAUCCUGGCUCGGAGCCAUGGGCUACCUCCUCGCUAUAUCAUGCAAGCUACUGAUGUCAUGCGCAAGCAGGGUGCAAGAGUACAAAACACAGCCAAGAAUUUAGGAGUGAGGGAUCGAACGCCACAGUCUGUCCCAAGAUUAUACAAGCUAUGCCAGCCACCACCGCCCGCUGGAGAAGAAUGA